GUUGUCACCUCGGACAUCACAGAGAUGAUUGACGUGUAAGAACCCUGCUCGUGUGUCAACACGGGUCCCGUCACCGAGCGUCCAUCUGCCGCACGGUGCUGGAUUAACGCCGCGGUUGAUGAGCCGAGCACGUUGCCGCCGCGCCUGAUCCACCUCAGCGCUCAUGAGACUAAUACGGGGGGGAGGGGGGGAACGCGGCGGUCAACCGGAAGUGACGACAUACCCAGACUAGCUUUAUCCAAUAAACGCCGCUCGUUCACUCCGGUUUGUAGAUUAUCCUUAAAGCGCCGCUAUGGAUGUCGGUGCAUUGACUCGGGACCGUUAAAUAAAUUACAAAUAAAAUCUUAACUAUGGAUCCAACUUUCAUUUUAUCAGCUGUCAUCUUCACCUUGCUCGCACUGGUGGUCGCGACGUCGCUGCUGAACGGCUCCUCCUCGCCGCCGCCGCCGCCGCCGCCGCCGCCUCCUCCGCCUCAGGACCCUCUCGACGCUCGGAGUCACCCGGGACCGGACACGGCGGGAGGCGAGCCAGCGGCCAAGCAGAACGGCCAUGUACCGGACACGAAGAAGGGCAAGAAGGCGGCGGACGACUGGUGCGAGCUGAGCGGCAGCUCCCACGACCACUGGGACGUGGUGAAGUGUGUGCAGUCAGAGGACGCGCCGCUCAGCCCCAUCAGCGAGGAGCCGGCGCCCCCGGCGGCCGAGCGCUCCUCUUCGUCGGCGUCCACCCUGUCCGUGCCGAGGCCCGACUCCAGGCACACGAGCUUCGACUCGUCGUCCGAGGCCUCGUCGGGGCGGGGACGGCGCUCCUUCAUCGGGCUCUCUGACCAGGAGCUCCUAAAGUGUGCUUUCUCUGACCCCCAGACCGAGGGAGCCGCAGAGAGCCCGGAGGUCAACGACUUCAACAACUCCUUCCAGUACGUCCCUGGAAAGUCGCGAUCCCACCACAUGGAGAUGAUGAUGUCCAAAGAGGAGCUGGAAGAGGAGCAGAGGGUGCAACGGGAGCAGCUGGCCGCCAUCUUCCAGCUGCUGAGGGACAACACGGAGACGUUCGGGGACGUCUCCGAGGGCGACAUGGAGGAGCAACUGCGCCUCUACUCCAUCUGAGACCCCCCCGCCCGCGGGGACUCUCGCGCGUUGCCAUAGCGACGGCCAAGGACGCCGCCCGGUGAGCUAACGCCGCUUUGUGGCGCGCAAGCGUUGUCGGAUGUAGUUCCCAGGCUGAGGGGAGAAACGGAUGGAACUUUUUUUUUUUCUCUCCGAACCCAUAGCAGGAUUUUUCUCGCCACGGUUUUGGAUUCUACGGGAAAUUCCCCCACGCCCCGACUGAAGCGGAAAAUAUGGCGGAUUGUGAUGUUUUUUUUGUGAGGAUAUAAAAUACCGUAGCUUCUAAGGCAGAGCUGGGCAAAUAUUUUGACUCGGAGGGCCCACAUUGAGAGAAAGAAUGUGUCCGGGGGGCCAAUGUGUAUGUGUGAAUAAAUGAUAUAUAGGGAUGAUGUUUGAUAAGAAAUUAUCGAGUUCGAGCCCAUUAUCGAAUCCUCUUAUCGAACCGAUUCCUUAUCGAUUCUCUUAUCGAAUCCAGAUAGGUUGUUGUAUAUGGAAAAAAACACAAUAUUUGGUUUAACAAAAGCUCACUUUUAUUUUAUAAGAAAAAAAUAAAAUAAAAUAAAUACAUUUUGACUGUUACCCCCCUAAAAAAAAUAAUAAAAAAAUAUUGAUUGUUACCCAAAGUAUAUUAAGUGGGAUUUUUCAGAAAAACAAAUAUAUACAGCAACACAAAAACAACCUGUCUCUGUGAUCACUAUAGGUGUAUAAAUAAUAAUAUAGUGUUAAAUAAAAUCAGUCCCUUGGGCACAAAACUGAAAAUAAUACAGCUCUCCAAAAAGUGCACUUCUGCUGCUAUUGGAACAUACUAACUACACACACUAUGACACUAAGAACACCACAGUCAUCAAUCAACAAUUCUUCUUCCAAAAAAUUAUUUCGAUGGUGGAAAUACACGACUGGCAGCCAUUUUAAGUCCUCAAAACAUCCAUUGAAACAGUGCACAAAAAUCGUUUUUCAAUACACAUCUUAGUAUCAAAUUUAACCACUUUAAUAUUGAGUUACAUAAACAAGUUGUCUUUUCCAAGGCUUGUGAUGUUUUUUUGUGAGGAUAUAAAAUACCGUAGCUUCUAAGGCAGUGCUGGGCAAAUAUUUUGACUCUGGGGCCACAUUGAGAGAAAGAAUGUGUCCGGGGGGCCAAUGUGUAUGUGUGUAUAAAUGAUAUAUAGGGAUGAUGUUUGAUAUGAAAUGAUCGAGUUCGAGCCCAUUAUCGAAUCCUCUUAUCGAACCGAUUCCUUAUCGAUUCUCUUAUCGAAUCCAGAUAGGUUGUUGUAUAUGGAAAAAAACACAAUAUUUGUUUUAACAAAUGCUCACUUUUAUUUUAUAAGAAAAAAAUAAAAUAAAAUAAAUAAAUAAAUAUUGACUGUUAUCCCCCUAAAAAAAAAUUUAAAAAAAUAUUGACUGUUACCCAAAGUAUAUUAAGUGGGAUUUUUCAGAAAAACAAAUAUAUACAGUUACACAAAAACAACCUGUCUCUGUGAUCACUAUAGGUGUAUAAAUAAUAAUAUAGUGUUAAAUAAAAUCAGUCCCUUGGGCACAAAACUGAAAAUAAUACAGCUCUCCAAAAAGUGCACUUCUGCUGCUAUUGGAACAUACUAACUACACACACUAUGACACUAAGAACACCACAGUCAUCAAUCAACAAUUCUUCUUCCAAAAAAUUAUUUCGGUGGUGGAAAUACACGACUGGCAGCCAUUUUAAGUCCUCAAAACAUCCAUUGAAACAGUGCACAAAAAUCGUUUUUCAAUACACAUCUUAGUAUCAAAUUUAACCACUUUAAUAUUGAGUUACAUAAACAAGUUGUCUUUUCCAAGGCUUGUGAUGUUUUUUUGUGAGGAUAUAAAAUACCGUAGCUUCUAAGGCAGAGCUGGGCAAAUAUUUUGACUCUGGGGCCACAUUGAGAGAAAGAAUGUGUCCGGGGGGCCAAUGUGUAUGUGUGUAUAAAUGAUACAUAGGGAUGAUGUUUGAUAUGAAAUGAUCGAGUUCGAGCCCAUUAUCGAAUCCUCUUAUCGAACCGAUUCCUUAUCGAUUCUCUUAUCGAAUCCAGAUAGGUUGUUGUAUAUGGAAAAAAACACAAUAUUUGGUUUAACAAAAGCUCACUUUUAUUUUAUAAUAAAAAAAAAUAAUAAAAAAAAUAAAUACAUAUUGACUGUUAUCCCCCUAAAAAAAAAAAAAAAAAAAAAAUAUAUUGACUGUUACCCAAAGUAUAUUAAGUGGGAUUUUUCAGAAAAACAAAUAUAUACAGUAACACAAAAACAACCUGUCUCUGUGAUCACUAUAGGUGUAUAAAUAAUAAUAUAGUGUUAAAUAAAAUCAGUCCCUUGGGCACAAAACUGAAAAUAAUACAGCUCUCCAAAAAGUGCACUUCUGCUGCUAUUGGAACAUACUAACUACACACACUAUGACACUAAGAACACCACAGUCAUCAAUCAACAAUUCUUCUUCCAAAAAAUUAUUUCGGUGGUGGAAAUACACGACUGGCAGCCAUUUUAAGUCCUCAAAACAUCCAUUGAAACAGUGCACAAAAAUCGUUUUUCAAUACACAUCUUAGUAUCAAAUUUAACCACUUUAAUAUUGAGUUACAUAAACAAGUUGUCUUUUCCAAGGUUUGUGAUGUUUUUUUGUGAGGAUAUAAAAUACCGUAGCUUCUAAGGCAGAGCUGGGCAAAUAUUUUGACUCGGGGGGGCCAUAUUGAGAGAAAGAAUGUGUCCGGGGGGCCAAUGUGUAUGUGUGAAUAAAUGAUAUAUAGGGAUGAUGUUUGAUAAGAAAUUAUCGAGUUCGAGCCCAUUAUCGAAUCCUUUUAUCGAACCGAUUCCUUAUCGAUUCUCUUAUCGAAUCCAGAUAGGUUGUUGUAUAUGGAAAAAAACACAAUAUUUGGUUUAACAAAAGCUCACUUUUAUUUUAUAAGAAAAAAUAAAAAAUAAAUAAAUAAAUACAUAUUGACUGUUAUCCCCCUAAAAAAAAAAUAAAAAAAAUUGACUGUUACCCAAGGUAUAUUAAGUGGGAUUUUUCAGAAAAACAAAUAUAUACAGUAACACAAAAACCACCUGUCUCUGUGAUCACUAUAGGUGUAUAAAUAAUAAUAUAGUGUUAAAUAAAAUCAGUCCCUUGGGCACAAAACUGAAAAUAAUACAGCUCUCCAAAAAGUGCACUUCUGCUGCUAUUGGAACAUACUAACUACACACACUAUGACACUAAGAACACCACAGUCAUCAAUCAACAAUUCUUCUUCCAAAAAAUGUUUUCGAUGGUGGAAAUACACGACUGGCAGCCAUUUUAAGUCCUCAAAACAUCCAUUGAAACAGUGCACAAAAAUCGUUUUUCAAUACACAUCUUAGUAUCAAAUUUAACCACUUUAAUAUUGAGUUACAUAAACAAGUUGUCUUUUCCAAGGCUUGUGAUGUUUUUUUGUGAGGAUAUAAAAUACCGUAGCUUCUAAGGCAGAGCUGGGCAAAUAUUUUGACUCGGGGGGGCCACAUUGAGAGAAAGAAUGUGUCCGGGGGGCCAAUGUGUAUGUGUGAAUAAAUGAUAUAUAGGGAUGAUGUUUGAUAAGAAAUUAUCGAGUUCGAGCCUAUUAUCAAACCCUCUUAUCGAAUCGAUUCCUUAUCGAUUCUCUUAUCGAAUCCAGAUAGGUUGUUGUAUAUGGGAAAAAACACAAUAUUUGGUUUAACAAAAGCUCACUUUUAUUUUAUAAGAAAAAUAAAUAAAUAAAUACAUAUUGACUGUUAUCCCCCUAAAAAAAAAAAAAAAAAAAAUAUUGACUGUUACCCAAAGUAUAUUUAGUGGGAUUUUUCAGAAAAACAAAUAUAUACAGUAACACAAAAACAACCUGUCUCUGUGAUCACUCUAGGUGUAUAAAUAAUAAUAUAGUGUUAAAUAAAAUCAGUCCCUUGGGCACAAAACUGAAAAUAAUACAGCUCUCCAAAAAGUGCACUUCUGCUGCUAUUGGAACAUACUAACUACACGCACUAUGACACUAAGAACACCACAGUCAUCAAUCAACAAUUCUUCUUCCAAAAAAUUAUUUCGGUGGUGGAAAUACACGACUGGCAGCCAUUUUAAGUCCUCAAAACAUCCAUUGAAACAGUGCACAAAAAUCGUUUUUCAAUACACAUCUUAGUAUCAAAUUUAACCACUUUAAUAUUGAGUUACAUAAACAAGUUGUCUUUUCCAAGGCUUGUGAUGUUUUUUUGUGAGGAUAUAAAAUACCGUAGCUUCUAAGGCAGAGCUGGGCAAAUAUUUUGACUCUGGGGCCACAUUGAGAGAAAGAAUGUGUCCGGGGGGCCAAUGUGUAUGUGUGUAUAAAUGAUACAUAGGGAUGAUGUUUGAUAUGAAAUGAUCGAGUUCGAGCCCAUUAUCGAAUCCUCUUAUCGAACCGAUUCCUUAUCGAUUCUCUUAUCGAAUCCAGAUAGGUUGUUGUAUAUGGAAAAAAACACAAUAUUUGGUUUAACAAAAGCUCACUUUUAUUUUAUAAGAAAAAAUAAAAAAUAAAUAAAUAAAUACAUAUUGACUGUUAUCCCCCUAAAAAAAAAAAAAAAAGGACUGUUACCCAAAGUAUAUUAAGUGGGAUUUUUCAGAAAAACAAAUAUAUACAGUAACACAAAAACAACCUGUCUCUGUGAUCCCUAUAGGUGUAUAAAUAAUAAUAUAGUGUUAAAUAAAAUCAGUCCCUUGGGCACAAAACUGAAAAUAAUACAGCUCUCCAAAAAGUGCACUUCUGCUGCUAUUGGAACAUACUAACUACACGCACUAUGACACUAAGAACACCACAGUCAUCAAUCAACAAUUCUUCUUCCAAAAAAUGAUUUCGAUGGUGGGAAUACACGACUGACAGCCAUUUUAAGUCCUCAAAACAUCCAUUGAAACAGUGCACAAAAAUCGUUUUUCAAUACACAUCUUAGUAUCAAAUUUAACCACUUUAAUAUUGAGUUACAUAAACAAGUUGUCUUUUCCAAGGCUUGUGAUGUUUUUUUGUGAGGAUAUAAAAUACCGUAGCUUCUAAGGCAGAGCUGGGCAAAUAUUUUGACUCUGGGGCCACAUUGAGAGAAAGAAUGUGUCCGGGGGGCCAAUGUGUAUGUGUGUAUAAAUGAUACAUAGGGAUGAUGUUUGAUAAGAAAUGAUCGAGUUCGAGCCCAUUAUCGAAUCCUCUUAUCGAACCGAUUCCUUAUCGAUUCUCUUAUCGAAUCCAGAUAGGUUGUUGUAUAUGGAAAAAAACACAAUAUUUGUUUUAACAAAUGCUCACUUUUAUUUUAUAAGAAAAAAAUAAAAUAAAUAAAUAAAUAUUUACUGUUAUCCCCCUAAAAAAAAAUUUAAAAAAAUAUUGACUGUUACCCAAAGUAUAUUAAGUGGGAUUUUUCAGAAAAACAAAUAUAUACAGUAACACAAAAACAACCUGUCCCUGUGAUCACUAUAGGUGUAUAAAUAAUAAUAUAGUGUUAAAUAAAAUCAGUCCCUUGGGCACAAAACUGAAAAUAAUACAGCUCUCCAAAAAGUGCACUUCUGCUGCUAUUGGAACAUACUAACUACACGCACUAUGACACUAAGAACACCACAGUCAUCAAUCAACAAUUCUUC